UGUGGUGAAUGGUCUUCUCGCUAUGUAUGCACAAUGCAAACGCAUCUCUAAAGCUGAAUACCUCUUUGAGACUAUGUCAGGGUAGGGGUCCAGGUACAUGGCUGCAUAGUUAAGAGUGGUUUCAAGACCAAUAUCUAUGUUCAGAGCGCAUUGAUUGAUAUGUAUGCUAAAUGCAGAGACUUGGAAACGGCAAGAGCUUUGUUAGAAGGUAUGGAAGCCGAUGAUGUGGUUUCUUGGAACUCGAUGAUUGUAGGGUGUGUUAGGCAAGGUCUUAUAGAAGAAGCUCUGUCCUUUUUCGGAAGAAUGCAUGAGCGAGAUAUGAAAAUAGAUGAUUUCACAAUCCCAUCCAUCUUAAAUUGUUUUGCUUUGUCUAGGACAGAAAUAAAGAUAGCUUCUUCUGCGCAUUGUCUGAUUGUGAAAACCGGGUAUGGGACUUACAAACUUGUGAAUAACGCUCUUGUGGAUAUGUAUGCUAAAAGAGGAAUUAUGGAUUCAGCGUUGAAAGUUUUUGAAGGGAUGAUUGAGAAGGAUGUGAUAUCUUGGACGGCUCUAGUCACAGGCAAUACACAUAACGGAUGUUAUGAAGAGGCAUUGAAGUUGUUCUGUAAAAUGAUAGUUGAAGGCAUUUUUCCUGAUCAGAUUGUUACAUCGAGUGUAUUAAGUGCCUCGGCAGAGUUAACGCUUCUGGAGUUUGGGCAACAGGUACAUGGGAAUUAUAUUAAAUCUGGUUUUCCAUCAUCUUUGUCAGUAAACAACUCUCUUGUGACAAUGUACACAAAGUGCGGAAGCUUAGAUGAUGCGAAUGUUAUAUUCAACUCUAUGGAAAUCAGAGAUUUGAUAACAUGGACUACUCUAAUUGUGGGUUACGCGAAAAACGGCAAAGCUAAGGACUCCCUAGAGUUAUACUAUCUAAUGAUAGGCAAUGGCAUAACACCAGAUUACAUUACCUUUAUCGGGUUACUAUUUGCUUGUAGUCAUGCCGGUCUCAUAGAAGAAGCUCAAAGCUACUUUGAUUCGAUGAGAGCAGUUUAUGGUAUCAGACCAGGACCUGAACACUAUGCCUGUAUGAUUGAUCUCUUUGGUAGAUCUGGUGAUUUCGUUAAAGUAGAGGAAUUGCUGAAUCAAAUGGAGGUUGAACCAGAUGCAACUGUAUGGAAAGCGAUUUUGGCUGCGAGUAGGAAGCAUGGGAAUAUUGAGAAUGGGGAAAGAGCAGCGAAAACUCUCAUGGAAUUGGAACCAAACAAUGCUGUUCCUUAUGUUUUGUUAUCAAACAUGUAUGCUGCAGCAGGAAGACAAGACGAAGCUGCAAAUGUUCGUAGAUUGAUGAAGUCUCGUAAUAUAAGCAAAGAGCCUGGUUGCAGUUGGGUUGAAGAGAAAGGUAAAGUUCAUAGCUUUAUGUCUGAAGAUAGAAGACAUCCGAGAAUGAGAUGGAAACUGUUCUUGCGGAGACUAUUGGUAAACAUUUUGCAUUAG